AUGAGCUCCCAGUUUGCUCUUCAGACAAGCUUCGAUGUGGAAUAUGCUCCAGCAAGCAUAAAAAAGUGGCGUUCUAAGAGAACAGGCUUGCUGCUUACAUAUGUCAACCAACCAACCCCAAUGGUUAAUGGCUACUUUGCUGUGGCGACAGAGAUUCCAGACGACUCGGGAUGCCCACAUACCUUGGAACAUCUUGUGUUUAUGGGUUCCAAGAAGUACCCAUACAAGGGCUUGUUGGAUAGCUUGGGACAACGGUUCUUUUCAUAUACCAAUGCCUGGACUGCCAUUGACAGAACCGUGUAUACAUUGACCACGGCAGGCUGGGAGGGUUUCCAGAAACUCUUGCCUAUUUAUUUGGAUCAUGUUUUCAAUCCUACUAUCGAUGACGAGGCGUGUCUUACCGAGGUUUACCACAUUGACGGUAAGGGUAAAGAGAAAGGUGUGGUUUUCAGUGAAAUGCAAGGUAUUGAGAGCCAGUCUUGGUUUGUGCUUUAUUUGGAAUACUAUCGUGCUCUUUACUCCAAGGAGUCUGGCUACUCCUCAGAAACAGGCGGUCUUAUGUCUGAAUUACGCCACCUCACAUGGGAUCAGAUCAGAAACUUCCACAAGGCCAUGUAUAGACCUGAUAACGUGGGUGUGAUUAUUACAGGCUCUGUGGACGAGAAAGAGCUUCUUGAAACCAUGGAACAGUUCGAUGCUGAACUUCCGUCUUUGCCAGAGACUCCUCACAAACGUCCGUGGAUCGACUCAAAGGUUGACCUUCCUCUCACAGAAGCUGUGAUUAGGGAAGUUGAGUUCCCAGAUGAUGAUGAGACCAUGGGUGAACUUCUUAUUGGCUGGAUAGGUCCAUCUGCUGAGGACACUCUUGCAGUUUUGGCGUUGGACAUGGUCGGAUGCUACUUGGCAGAAUCGCCUAUUUCAUUGUUGAACAAGCAUUUGGUUGAAGUUGAAAACCCUUCAGCCACCGAUAUUGAUGUCAUUUCUGAUGACUUCCUCCGAAUUGGUACGAAUUUCUAUGUUGGAGGUAUUCCAGUGGGCGAGUUGUACAACGUUGACAAGAAAAUUAAGGAACUCUUAGACAGCAUUACAAAGGAGGAGAAUUUUGAUCUCACAUACAUGAGACAGAUUGUCGCUCAGCAGAAGAUCAAGUUUGUUUCCAAGACAGAAGGCUCGCCUCUUACUUUCUCCAAUGUUGCCAUUCUGGAAGUCAUUUACGGUAACCGUGACGGUUCUGACUUGAGCAAGUGGUCCAAGAGUUUGAAGGAGCAGGAUGAGUUAGCUACGUGGUCUGCAAAGCAAUGGUGUGACUUCAUCAAGACCAACUUUGUUGACAGCAAACCAGUUACCAUCAUUGGAAAGCCUUCUGCUCAAGCUAUCAAGGACCAUAAAGCGGGAAACCGUAAACGCAACAAAGACAUCAGAGAGCAUCACGGCGAAGAAGGUCUUCUUAAGUUACAAAAGACCCUUAAUGAUGCACAGGAGAAGAAUGAUGCACCAAUCCCUGAUGAAGUUCUUACAAAGUUUGGUAAACCUGAUGCAUCGAAGAUUGAUUUCAUUGAAACUGAAUCUUAUAAGGCUGGUAACAAUAAGACUGAAUUACCCUUCUAUAAGAAGGACGGCUCGUUUUACGAUAUCAUCCAAAAGGAUACUCCUGCUGAUUUCCCAUUGUAUGUGCAUCUUGAAGACUACAAAUCUCAAUUUGUCACUGCUCAAUUGGUCUUCUCUUCAGCAGUCGUUCCCCCAGAGCUUUUAAGAUACUUCUCACUCAUUGAAGAUAUCUUCUCUGUUUCUAUCACAAAGCCUGAUGGCAGCUCUUUGCCAUAUGAGGAGGUGAUCACGGAAUUGAAUAACGACUUGCUUGAUUUCGAUUUGGAUAACGGCUUUGACAGUCAAUUUGUUGAGCUCAUCACUGUCACUGUCAAGUUUGAAGUCACCAAGUACGACAAGGCUAUUCAAUGGUUGAUCGAUGUUCUCAAAUACUCUGUCUUUGAAGAAUCCAGGGUCAGAGUCAUCAUCGAGAAGCUUAUCAAUUCGCUUCCUGACAAGAAGAGAAAUGACGAAUUGAUGAUGUACUCUUCACAAUACAGAACCGUAUACAAGGAGUCCUCUUUGAGGAAAUCUCAAGAUUCUAUCUACACCGAGAACUUCUACAGAGAAUUGAUGCAAAAGAUUGAAGACGGUAAGUUUGACGAGAUCACCUCUGAUAUCAAUACCAUCAAAGAGAAGCUCUUCAAUGUGAACAACAUGAAGCUUUUCUUGACCGGAGGUUGUUCCAAGCUUGAAAAUCCUAUCUCCUCAUGGUCGAAGUUUAUCAAGGAAUUCGAUGGUGCCGCUUCUGAAGCCGACUUAGAUCUUGAGAGAAUUCCAAGAUCUUACCAGUUCAAGUCUGAAAUUGGACAAAAUUGUUCUGGACAAGCAUUCUUGGUGACAACGCCAGCCAGUGAUACUACACACUUGAUUGCAAUGACACCAAUUCCAACAGACUACUCUGAUAUCGACAUUGCAAGAAUCGCCUUGGCAAGUGAGAUAUUAUCUGGAAUGGAAGGUCCAUUGUGGAGAGGUAUCAGAGGCUCGGGUCUUGCUUACGAUGCUUCCAUUAGAAGAAUGGUGGAGUCUGGUUUCCUUACUUUCGUCAUCUACAGAGGAUCAGAUGCCCAACAAGCAUGGGAAACUACAAAGAAAAUCAUUCACGAGCAUGCUUCUGGUGAGGUUGAAAUUGACCAGAUCGCUAUUGACAAUGCCGUUGCUGGAAUUGUCAACUCGCUUGUCAAAGCAGAAUCUAACAACCAUGAUGCUGCUGUUAACAAGGUUUUGGAUAACAUCUUCAAGAAGAGAGGUCCAAAUUACGGUAGAACAUUCUUGAAGAGUCUUACUUCCGUGACCAAACAGGAUUUGUUGGAUGUUUUGAAGAAGUUCUUCGUGCCUCUCUUUGAGCCAAAGAAAUCACUUUUGUUUUCGUGUCUUCCUACAACGACUGCUCCAGGGUUCCAAGAGUUCUUGGAGAAGCAGGGGUACGAGGUUGACUUGGAAGAGGUUAAUGCUGCUAGUGAUGAAGCUGCUGAGAAAUCUGUAGGGGAAGAAUCUGAAGGAUCUGGAGAGUCUGAUGAUUCGGACGAAUCUCUGGGUUCCGAGUCUGAGGAUGAAGAUUAG